AGAAGUGCAGUGUUUACUGUAGAUUCAUAUCCUUGUGUCUGUCCUCUGAGGUAGUCAGACUGUGACUGAGGGCUUGCAUUCAAAUAUGUGGUACAGCCCAGAAUGUUUUAUGAUAUAAGGAAGUCCCAACCAAUCAAAGUCCUAGUGACUGGUGCCGCUGGACAGAUUGCAUAUUCUCUACUCUACAGUGUUGCUAAGGGUGAUGUCUUUGGACCGGAUCAGCCUCUUGUUCUUGUGAUGUUGGAUAUCACUCCUAUGAUGAAUGUAUUGGAUGGUGUACUUAUGGAAUUGCAGGACUGUGCUCAUCCUCUGUUAAGAGAGGUAAUUUCAACUGAUAAAGAAGAAGUUGCAUUCAAAGACAUUGACGUAGCCAUCCUGGUUGGCUCCAUGCCAAGGAAAGAGGGUAUGGAACGGAAAGAUCUACUCAAGGCAAAUGUGAAAAUUUUUAAGUCCCAAGGUGCAGCAUUGGACAAGUAUGCAAAGAAGACUGUUAAGGUCCUUGUAGUAGGCAAUCCAGCAAAUACCAAUUGCCUGAUUGCUUCAAAGUCUGCUCCAUCCAUACCAAAGGAGAAUUUCAGCUGUUUAACUCGUCUGGAUCACAACAGAGCUAAAGCACAGAUUGCCCUAAAAGUUGGCGUAACUGCAAAGGAUGUGAAGAAUGUUAUCAUCUGGGGUAAUCACUCCUCUACUCAAUAUCCGGAUGUUAACCAUGCCAAGGUGAAAGUGCAAGGGAAAGAUGUUGGAGUUUAUGAAGCUGUGAAAAAUGAUAACUGGCUGAAAGGUGACUUCAUUCAAACUGUUCAGCAGCGGGGUGCAGCUGUUAUUAAAGCUAGAAAGCUAUCAAGUGCAAUGUCAGCAGCCAAAGCUAUCUGUGAUCAUGUGAGAGACAUCUGGUUUGGCACUCCAGAGGGCGAAUUUAUUUCCAUGGGUGUCAUUUCUGAUGGAAAUUCCUAUGCUGUCCCUGAAGAUUUGAUCUAUUCAUUUCCUGUUGUGAUAAAGAAUAAAACAUGGAAGUUUGUUGAAGGGCUUCCUAUUAAUGACUUCUCUCGUGAGAAGAUGGAUGCAACUGCAAAGGAAUUAACUGAGGAAAGGGAGACUGCUGUGGAGUUUCUGUCCUGCGCAUGACUAGGUGCUCAUCAAGAUGUGGGAGAAGGCUUAAGCACUGAGGAGUCCAAGAGUCGUCUCUAAAUUCAACAUUGAAUGCUAUUAUCAGUUACCUGUUUUUUCCUUGUAGCAAUCUAUUCAUUACCUGCUUUAUUGGUACGUCUGUGCCAGCUAUCGAGUGCUUUUCGUAAUGAGAUGAUUGCACAACCAAUUUCGAAUGUAGUUUGCAGACUUGACCAAAUGUUCUUGAUCAAUUACUGUUUGCUUCUUGUAUUGCAUAGUACAUAGGACUACUUUGCCUCUGUGACUGAAGGGCAGCAGUCUUUCAUGUUGAGUUAAAGUAAAACCAAGGUGAUUUUAUGGCAUGGACUUCAGCACUGUAUUCAUCAAGUACAGUUAAAUAGCAGUGUUUAUGAAAAGAUCCAGGAGCCUCUAUUUCUUUCUACUACUAAAAUCCAAGUAGGAAAUGGCUAUUGAAUAUGAUAAAUGUAUUAUCUACUGGCCGUCACUAAUUCUCUCUCAAAAAAUCUUAUUAGCAAGUACAUUAAAUGUUGAAUUAACACUCCUA